UGUUCUUGUUUUACUUAUUUCUAGCCCUCCUUCUGUUUCUAGUUCUGCUUUUUUGGAGGUUAGCACCAAUAUGUAUUGCUUUUAUAAAAAAUACACUUGUUUUGGAAAGGGCUAAAUAAUGAAAGCAUGGAUCAGGACUUAAACCUCAUCUUCCAUUCAAGGGACAGCAUUUCGGUAGCUCUUACGUAGUUAUGUUUGCUCCAUACCUGUUAGCAGGACAGCAGGUGUGACUGAAGAUGGAAAGUAAAAAUGACGCAAAUAGCUACUGAUGAAGUUCUCUUCUGCUGACCCUUAUUCUGUUUUUCUUGUAGUUAUGUAGACAGUCACCCUACCAUCUCAACACUGUUAUCUAAAGUACAGAAUUCAUUACUGGAGGUGCCAAGGCUCGAGAUCUUGGAGCAGAAUUCUAACAACCAGUUGUCAGGACCUUAAGAAGAAACUUGCCCUUCGGGGUAGAUUAUUCCAGAAUGUGCUGCAAUGUCAUUUGAAGUAGUUUGCACUGGGUACUGCCAUUAAUGGACUGCUGGCCUGACUAUGAUGCAGACUCCUGAGUUCCUGUAUUUGUAAUUUAAAUAUACAACUCUAACAUGAGACGCAACUUCAAAGGGUUGCUUUAUAGGAAAGUAAUUUCUACAAAUAACAUUAGACAUAAUUUCUGCACUUCAUCCAGUCAUUUUUUUUAGCCAAACUCUCAGCUACCUUCUUUAAGAGAAGCAGAAACUUUGCUCUGUCUUACUAGAGUCUGCCUACCCUCAGGAAGCAGCUGAAGGUUGUGGCAAGUAUGCACUAUGGGAGGCCAUAAUGUAACUAUACAUUUUUCUGAUUUUCAUAGCUUUUAGUUUCAGCCUUCCAGUGUUCUCAUUCUGGGUGUGGGAAGAAGAGGGCAUUUCUAAGGCCAUGUCUCCCCUAGGAGUGCAUUGCAGGGGACUGAAAGGUUGGAUCAUGGAAACUUUCCUGAAACUUAAGAAAUCAGCCUAAGGCAGAUGGAAAACUUUAGUCCAGAAGAUUCUACAAAGUAGUGUGUCCGUUGAUGCGAAGAAUUGUUGCCUAUCUUUUCUACUCUGUAAUGUGUUAUUAAACAUGCAUAGUUAGAGAGUUUUGCAGGCAAUAAACAGUGGUUUUAUUGGCAAGCCUUUGCUAACGUAAAUGUGUGAUAAACAUAGCAAAUGUGAAGGUGGGAAUUUAAUAGAAUUCCACAGAUCGCUUAACAGAUACAGCAAACCUUUGAUAACCAGAUUUCCGUAAGGAUAAACAUGGCCUUCUUUGUUGUCUUAUACUGAUGAAACUUCUUUAGAUUCAGAGAAAGUCCCUUUUUGUUCUUAACUAUUUUUGUAGUUCCACAAUGGAAAAGGUGUUAAUGGCUGCCUGCAGCACUAUGGAAGCAUGGGGACAAAGUAGUCAUCUAUUGAGACCCUCAGGGAACUGUUGGGCAAAGUGACGGAAAUGAAGAGCUUGAACCAUCACUUCAGCAUGGCGGCAACUGAAUCUGACAAGGACUCCGGAUAUUCAGAUGGAAGUUCAGAGUGCCUGAGUGCUAUGGAGCAGACUGACUCGGAGGACGUGCUGAAUGCAUUGUGUUGGAACGCAGAAGAUGGGCCUUGGCAAAGCCCAAUGACCACAAGCAGCUCCUUUCCUGCGCUUUCUCCUAUGGUCGUAAUGAAAAAUGUGUUAGUUAAGCAGGGAAGUUCAUCACAGCUCCAGUCUUGGACUGUGCAGCCAUCCUUCGAAGUGAUUCCAGCUCAGCCACAGCUAGUGUUUCUUCGUCCAUCAAUCCCACCUCCCAUUAACCCUCACCCUGUUGGGAAAAAGAGAAGUGACUCCACUAAUUACCUGCCCAUCCUGAAUUCUUAUCCCAAAAUAGCACCACAGCCCUGCAAAAGAGAUCACUCCUUUGAUCUGGAAGAACGUCAGGAAACCAACUGCCAUAAACGACUCUGCACAGAAGCACCCAAGAUGGAGACUUCUGUAUCGAGGAGCACAGGGUUGCCUACUAGUCCUUUUGCCCACAUACCAGUUAGCUUUAAGACCCCUCAGGAUUCUAGCCAGCAAAAUUCUUCAACUCUAGUGACAAGUGGAAAACUGUCAGCUCUUCCUGGUUUUCAUCGUGUUUCCAGUGACACUCAGAAAGUGCCGGGUUUGACUCCCCUUUUGCCUUUUGGAACUCUGCAGGCAACAAAGUGCACCCCUCAUGAGAGCGGGAGUGCAGCACAGACUACGAUGCAGUCUGCAGUGUGGAGUCCCCCACUGAUACCAGAAGAGAUUUGCACUACCCCUGAGCUGCUCUUGCAACAGCAAAGCAAGUGCAGACGCUUUCAGAAUACACUUGUUGUGCUACGCAGGUCAGGAUUGCUGGAGAUCACUUUAAAAACCAAGGAGCUCAUUCAUCAGAACCAGGUGACUCAGGCCGAGCUAGACCGGCUGAAGCACCAAACACAGCUUUUCAUAGAGGCAAUAAAGAACAAUGCUCCACAGUCGUGGGCAGAGCUAGAAGCAUCUCUAACAGGAUCUGAAAAAGCUGAUAGCAACCUUGAAGACCCCACUUAUCCCAACAUAUAGUAAAAAGGUACAUAGCUGUUGGUCAAGUUAUUUCUGUGCCUCCUAUUUCCCGUCUCAAGCUUUUACUUGAGCAUUUUCUGAGUCCAAGACUUGCGAAGUGGUGUGCCAUUAACAACUUGUCUUCAGAGCCAGUUGUGGGACUAGAAUAGCAUGGUGGGGUCUUGACAGAAUGGGUACUUACUACUUCAGUGUGACCUUGAACUCCAUGCUAACUCAGUGUGUUUCCUUGGACUCAAGAAGCUUGGAUGUUCUCUGCUGGCAUGUUCCCAUUUUGCAGUGAAAAGACAGUCAUUUGCAGUAUUCUGCAAGCAAGCAUCUUCCUAGUCCCAUCUUCAGAUAGUCCUGAGAAUCGGACAGCAGAACAGGCCCCAGUAUUGGGCCAUCAACAGCUGCAAGUAGAUGAAGGGAGUUGGUGUGAGGAGAGGAAACUUACGUUGGUGGGAUGGUAUCUUUAGGCUGUUGCUGUCCAUUGUUACAGCAGUCUUGCUUUGGGGUUUUAACGCAUUUGAAUUAGUGGAGAUCUGCUUGUGCUGAAGCAGCAUUCUGUAUUCAUUGCAGUCUUUGGUCAAAGUGAUGAGUGUCUUAGGACCCAAGUGAAAUUAAGUGUUUUGAUGAGUAUACAUUUGAUUUUCACUCACUCAACUGUACAGAUCAAAAUCACAAGGCUUGCAUUGGAAGUGUUUGCUCCAAAGCCAUAUUUAUUAAUGGCUAACAAGCGUACAAGGCAAGUGGCUUUGGAUUUUCUCGGUAGCUAACAGAUUAAACGUUGUUAAAGACUGCAGUGACUUUUUUAAAAACAGUACAAGGAAGAUAUUCACUCACCAGGAUUAAUUUGGCAAGACUAGCUGCAUAUUAUUUGUUAUGUGUGUCUUUAGUUUACAAGCCUAAACUCCUUCUUUUCCUGUGAAAUCAGAUUGCUAAGUAUAAAAAAAAAAAAAAAAAAAAAAAAAGAGGUGAAAGGAAAAGGAGCAUAAUGGCCUGUGGUGAAACAAGUCCUCCUAUCCCUCUUCCCUCUCUUUUUUUUAUUUGGAGAAAUCAAAUGGGGGUGGGAGGGAGGAGAGAGAGAGAUGUCAUCUUGGAUAAUCUCCCUAAAAAAUUUAUCUACCUGAGUUUGAACUUAAAAAAAAACCCCAACAAACAAAUUUUUUUCCUCCACAUUAAAUUUAUAUCAUUCUUAGCCUGCUUGCCUUGAGAUAUAACUAACACCACUGUGUGCAUAAGAUAUUAGGCCUUACUAGUAGAGAACCACAGUAGUCGUGUUACAAAAGCUGUUCUACAGACGCUUAUUUCAUUUCAGUUUUUUUAGACACUUAACCAUGUCACUCCCUCCAAAUCUGAAGGGGUUUUUUUCGAGACAGUCUGUGUGGAGAACUAAGAAUGGCUCUGUCUAAGAACAUUAAGGAAUCUGGAUUGUUUAUGGUAUGCUCCUUUCUGAGUGACAGUGUUUUCACAAAAUUGUGCAGUCUAGGUGACUGGGUAUUUUGGUGCUUUUAUCACUUGUAUCAUCUGUUUCAGAUUCUUAAAAAAAGAAACUUGAAAGUAGAGUGUAUGUCUUGCUAAUUUGUGACUAGACCUUUCCAUUUUCUGAUGCCUUUGGGAAUGAAUAUUGCAGAAUGCUGUAGAGAGUGCUUUUGUAGUCUUCCUCAAAUAUGUGCACUAGAGAAAUUGUAAGGGGCUUCUUUCUUGUAAGGGGUUUCCCCCUUUUUACACUGAUGAAAAGAAAUGCCGUACAAGCCUCACAAACAGGAGAAAUGUGAGUCAUAUUUGUACUAGCCAUAGGCUUAGAGAGAAAUUUUGUGGCAGGAUUCGCCCUAGUGAAGCUGUGGCAAACUAGUAGCCAUGCCUUUCAUGGUAUCCUGCCCACCUGCUGAAGACUAGUGCAGUACAUGGGAAUUGAUUAAACGAAAAGUGUUCAUAGUCUUGAGUUCUGUCAUGUAUUUUUUUUAAAUAUGCCUGCUGUAAUUGUGCAUACUAGGAUGUCUCAUAACUGGCAGCACAGCAGUAUGGAAACUCAGCCAGCAAACCCAGAAGGCAGGAAGGCAGCAUAGUACAGUGUAAUAAUGUAGGACAUGUCUGAUCUAGCUCUUUUGAAAUCAGUUGUAAUAUCUGCACUGAAUGACAUUUGGCAGGAUAGAUGCGAUGGUACCUUAGGCCAUUUGUGAAAGAAUCCCAAAAGAUAAGCUUGUUUCUUCUGAGCUCCUUACAGGAAGGAGAGGAGUCAGUAGGAGGCAGAUCCAUUGAUCCAUUGACCUGUAAUAGGCCUAGGGGUGAGGUGUGAGAAAAUGCACAGGACAUCUUUCCUACUUUUCCUAAAAUUCUUUUUCUACCCAUCAAAUAGAGAGGAGAAUUUGAAGUUCAGAAUAUAUAUAUUUUUAGGAAGUUAAUUGUCCUAGAAAACAAGAUGAUGGACUCAGGCUACCUAGAGAUUCAAGGAAGUCAGAAAGAAAAAAGUCCCAUCCUAGCUGUUUGAGACAAGAAAAAGUUAAGUCUACCAGUGACCUCUUCUCCAUCUUAUUUCCACUGCUCUGAUAGAGUAAAAGGAAGGAAAAAUUGGCCUUGCAGGGUAAUACCCUCUGACUUAGGGAUACUCUAGCUGAUAGAAAUCUCUCGUACUCCACACAGUACCGCAUGUAUCUUUUCCCCUGGCAGCACUGAGGGUGGGCUGAAGUGGGUGUGCUUAUAGCUGAUGGGCCUUUCAGCUGGUAUAAUUUGUAUAAAUACAUAUUCAAUAAAUCUGUGAAUAAAAGUCCAGCAGCUGGUUAGAAAUCUCCUACUGGGCAUCAGUCCAGACUUAAAUAGCGUAACUAGAAAAAUCCACUCUGGAACUAUUAUAUGUAAAUCUGGGGCCCCUUAGGAACCAUAUCCCUAGAUAACUGCAAAUCUUGAUGCAACAUCUAUAAAAAAAAAGAUGUUGAAGGCCCCUAGUGAUAGACAUGUCAUCAAGUACCAUUCUGUUAAGUUUCUCUUAGCUGCCUUUAUUCCUGGAAGCCCAGAUAAACCUUUAAACAAUAAGGGCUUUCCUUUCUUGGCUGCAAUUUAAUGAAAUAGGUUAGCUUGGAACUGUGUUGAGAAAACUAUUUGACUACAUCAGGACCAGAUUAGGUCCUGAUUCUGGGCAGAAUCUGGAAGUGGUCCAGUAGAUUUGAGCAGAAACAUUAGCCUCUCUGAUUGGAAACCUGUAAGCAAUGAACUUCCAGAUUUUUUUCACCUUUGAAGCAGCAAGACUUUGUAUUAACAAGUUAGCUGAAGACAGCUGUCCCAAUCUAAAAAGUCAAAUCAGAUGGCCUGCUGGGGCUUCAGUUGCUGCUGACAGCUAGCAGGUGGGGUGGCUUGAUGUGUUGGACAGACUGCUGUUUUUCUAUUAAGUUUUAAUAAAUGUUGGUAUUUUUGAUUACUUUCACUAUGUAUUUUUGAAAUUCUACUGCUCUAGUUGGAAUGUAAACAUUUUCUGUACUUUUGAAGUCAGUUGCCAGCUCUGAAUACAGUAGCCUAAGAACUCUGUUAUAGAACACGAACUUUUUGCUAAAACUUUACAGAAACAGACUGUGAAAUAUGAAUGAAAUAAAGUAUAUACUUAAAAA